AUGGCAACUAGUCAAGGCAAAGGUCUGGCUCAGGCCAAGCAGUCGACGGCUACUUUUGUUGUCGAACAUCUUGACCCCGAACUCGGGCCAUGGUCUGCACUGGAAUACAGAUGCAUUGCUGAAGAGCUGGGCAAGGCCAAGGCGAAAUUCAUGCUGACGUCUGUGCAAAAGUCUCUGUGCUUACCACAAACCCUGGCGUCGCAGAGCAACUUGGGCGUGGAGCAUCAGAGCGUGGAGGAAAUCUUUUCAGGCAGAAAGUCGGCCGUCUGUCUCUUGGAUCCAGCAGCGGACACUGAGCUAUCGCCAUCUGACGGUGAUGAAUUUCAAGUCUUCCUUUUUGGCGGCAUCCUCGGCGACCACCCACCACGAGACCGGACCUCUGAACUGAGGAAAAAGGGAUAUGCUUGCCGUCGAUUGGGCCCAAAGCAGAUGACAACAGAUACCGCUGUUAGGGUGACGCGCAUAGUGACCCAGGACAAAGUGCCAUUGAACCAAAUUCCUUGGCUAGACUUCCCUGAGAUCCGCAUAGACAAGCGCGAGUCUAUCGAAAUGCCAUUUCGAUACGUAAAGGGGCCAGAUGGAGGGCCAAUUAUGCCGGAAGGCAUGCCUGCUCUUAUUAAAAAGGAUGCGGAUAAGGCAAUAGAAGAUCUGCUUUAA